UGAAACUCUUAGUUUGCUCUCCCCGCAGAGCCGUGUGGAUUUACUACCAGAAAGCAGCCUUUAUUUGUGUCUGCUGAGCACAGCAGAUUAAAAAACACGCCAGGAAUCUAAGCGCUCGCUCACCGUCUCUAAAGGGUUUUUUCUGCCUUUAUUUUCCUUUUUAACUCUUUGAAGGAGACACAAAGGAGGGAUGGGUGCUCAGUUGACUAAAGGUGAAGCUACAGUGGACGGAAAAGCUGUGGCUGAUAAAGCCAAUGGUCAGGAAAAUGGCCAUGUGAAAACCAAUGGUGAUGCAUCCACCAAGCCAGAUGGAGAAGCCGUGGCAGCAGACGGAAAUGGAACUACGGAGGUUGCCAAGGAGGAGGCUGCCAAGACGGAGGCGGGAGAUGGCAUCGAAGCCGCUCCGGCUACCGAAGGUGACGCUACCAAAUCCGACGGUGAAGCUGCAAAGGAAACCAAGAAGAAGAAGAAAUUCUCACUGAAGAACUCCUUCAAAUUCAAGGGCAUUUCCCUGAAGAAGAACAAGAAGGGAAGCGAGGAGGCAGCGGAGCCCGCGGAGCCCGCAGCGCCCGCAGCCACACCCACCACCGAAGACAAACCCGAGGAGACCGCCCAGGCUGCUACGGAAACCAAAGAGGAGGAGCCUGCUGCGGCAGAAACCAAUGAGACACCGGCACCUGAAGCAGAGGCGGAGCCUAAAGCAGAGGCGGAGCCUAAAGCAGAAGAGCCCGCCCAGGAAACAGAAGCCGCACCCACAGAGGAUACCACAAAAUCUGAUGAGACCCCGGCCCCUGUUGAAGAGACCACGCCCACCACAGCCUCGGACCCGGAGCCGGCUGCAGAGUGAUCUCACUUCACUGUGGCAACCUAGACUGUUUAUCUUUAUCCUUUUUUUUCUUUUUGAGAUUGAAAUAUAUAAAUAUAUAUAUAUAUAUAAAUAUAUGAGACUUGAGCCACAAUCUUAAAGUUACAGCAAUACUACAGAGAAACCGAGUUCUUUUACCACCUUUGCUGAUAACAGUCUCUAGUUCACGGUUUGUCCAGUCCAGUGUCAGUGAGCUCCGUGCUGCCGCAUGUCAAGAGCGGUUUUUUGGGGGGGGGGGGGGGGGGGGACGGGCUGGAAAUUGCUCUGUGUAUGGAUUGGAAUGACUGAUGGAAUUUCCGCCUCAGAGGAAGAGCAGCGGAUGGAAGAGCGUGGCUCCCUGUUCACAGUCUUUUCAGUCAUUUUUCUCUUUAAACUUCAUCUGAUCCUUGAUUUUUCAGGGCUGAUGAGGGAAAUGACUAAUUGUCCUCUUAGGAGAUGGUUACGGGACGAUGUAAAACUACAAAAUAAAUAAAUGAAUAAUCUUUUUUAAAGUGUUUAAAUAGCUCUACAUUCCAAUUUUUUCGCCCUAAAAACUGUAGGGUGUCAGAAGAUCUGCCGAGUGAAUAGGUUUUAGUCUUAGUCUGUUUUUAAUGAUGUUUUACAGUUUUAAUCAGAUCCAGCUACACAUUUCAAAGUUUGUGACAAAGGGGAAUUAAACCACUGCUUUUAUUAAAUAUAUAUUUUUGUUCUGUUAAGUCUCUGUACAUACAUUUUCUGACUCUUUAUUUUGCUAACAUUUCCAAGUGUUAAUAAGAUGUUGUACGAUUAGGCCAAAUAAAUGUUUGACCGAC